AUGCGUCUUCCAUCCGCAUACGCGAACGCGGCUGCUGGUGAUCGCUGGAAAAGAGCUCCUUGUCUACGAUACCACGAAGCCUUCCGCUCCCGCUCGGACCAUCACGGCUCCCGGCGACAUCACCGGGCUAUCAUGCAGCCCGUUCAGCAAGACGCUAAUCUUGAGAAAGAGCGCGGGAUCGUUCGGACGAUACCUCUCAACGAACGACCUUCUUGCAUCGCCUUUGCUCCCGACGGCUCCGCCAUCCUGCUCGGGACGCACGACGGGCGACUGCUGGUGCAGAACCUGCGCGCGUUGGACAAGCCCCCGACAUCCACCUCGCUAGGCGACACCGUCCCGGUCGUAGCCAUCUGCGUUCAGGGCAAGGCACGAGCACCUCCCAAGACGGUCGACAGAAAACCCACCUCUACCCUCGCGUCCCCAGCACCGCGGCGAGCGUCCGCGCCGCACGCCAAGUCGCCGCGCCCGUCUACAAGCCGCACCAGCUCUGCCGCGGUCGCCAAAUCACCGCUCGCUCGACGUGGAGCACCGUCCUCCUCCCAAUCGCCACUCACGGCCAGGUUAGCCGCGAGCGUGUCGAAGGGCUCGACGGGCACGCCGAUCACCCCGGUGCGUUCCAGGAAGGCAACAGAACCGGUUAGCAAGUCACCUCAGGUGCUCUUCCCCGUCAAGGACAUUGGGAACGCGAACGCUCGAGCUACGUCCACCUCUGCAAAGACAGGCAAAGCCGUGCGUCCCGCGCUGAAGGGCACCGCGAAGAAGGAGAACGAGUCAACGACACCCCGGUCCCCGCCGCCUAGCGGACUCGUUGCCACCAAGGGCAAACCGGCCGACGCGAGGGCGCGCGCCACAUCUUCCGCCUCGGCGCGCGACCGUAUUCGGCCCAGCGGUAGCUCGUCCUCAACCGCGUCCAAAUCGUCCGGACGAGGAACGGUCCGCGAGCGCGAACCCCCUCCGCCCGUCCCGCCCAUCCCGUCCGCCCACCGUAUCGAAGCCGCGCCGCCGCAACAUCGCCGAACGCGUAGCGCUGUGUCGAGUGCGAGUACCCGCACCCCGUCGCCCGACUUGCCAUCGCCGUCGGACGACCCCGUCACGCCUCUGCCCGCCGGCCGGGCAAAGAAGAUGAGCUUGGGCGUGCUGGGGCUCGGCUCGCCGCCGGAUCCGGAUACGGAGAAGGGCAAAGAGAGGGCCAAGGCGGAAGCAGACGGAGCGGACGGAGCCGUCCGGGUCGGGUUCGCGGACGACAGCGACGAAGACGGAGACGCGGACGACGGCGACGACGUCGUCGUCGUCGGCGCACCGCCGCAGAGAGAAACCUCGAUGCAGAUCUCGCCACGCCCCCCGCGCGCCUCCGUUCCGCACUGGGCCGUGCCCUCGCCGUUGCGCAACAGCCACGGCCCGAACGGCCUGCCGAUACCCUCGCCCUCGCGCCCGGGGCUUCCGAGCGGCGCGCAGGAGCUGUUGCGGUCGAUCGUCCAGGACGUGAUGUUGGAUUUCCGGCAGGAGACGCGGGCGGAGAUGAUGGGCCUCCACCUCGACCUCGUCCGCAUGGGCCGCGGGUGGAAGAGCGAGCUUCGCGAGGCGCUCGGCGGCGUCGGCGAGGAGAUGGAGCGCCUGAGGGAGGAGAAUCGGGUGUUGAGAGAGGAAAACGAGCGGUUGAAAAGGGGGUAUUGAGAGGGUUUUGUACUCGUGUACGCGGGGUUCUUUCGACUUUUUUUUUUCGAACAUGUAAUGGUCUAUGGACUCGGGCUAGG